UGCGCGCAUUACAGGUAAAAACCAAUUUACCGAUUACGGAAGUUGACAAACACAGCAAAUGGCACAUAAAAACAAGUGACAAUGUUAAGAAAUCUGUUGUUAUUUGUUUUGAUACAGACUGUUCUCGGACAGUCCACUGUGUUUUUACGGUGGUGCGUUUCGACUGAUGCGGAGAAGGCAAAAUGUGAAAAUUUUCAGAACAUUCUCAAGAGUACAACCAUAAAAAAUGCAGAUAUUAACAAAGUCAUUCCUGAUUUUUCAUGUGUGGUUGGGUCUGACACAUUUGAAUGCAUGAAGAUGAUCCAGGAUGGGAACGCUGACAUGAUGGCAUUAGAUACAGGUCAAGGUUAUUUCGCUGGCAGAUAUCAUAAUAUGCAGCCUAUAGUAGCAGAAAAAUAUGCAGCAACUGCAGGUGAUGAUGGUAUGAACUAUUAUUCCGUAGCAGUUGUUCGUAGAAAUAGUAUUUAUGGAAGUGGUGCAGGUACUGGUACACAAUUAGGGAAUGGAUUGUUAGGCAGUAACGCUUGUUUUCCAGGUAUUGGAACAGCAGCAGGGUGGUUAUACCCUAUCAGUGUAAUGUUACAGAAUGGUGAUAUCAAAGUGACAGAAUGUAACGCUGUAGUCAAGGCUGUAACAGAUUUCUUCCAUAACAUGUGUUUACCUGGCGCUCUUACAUCUUUCUAUAAUCCAUUUGGUAACAAUCCAACAGAGAUUUGUCAGCUAUGUAAAGGAACAUCUGGUACUAAAUGUUCUACAAAAGAUCCCAGUGCUGGAUAUGAUGGUGCUUUCCGUUGUUUACAGAAUGGCGAUGGAGAUGUAGCUUUCCUUCGUCAUGAUACACUGAUACAUUUAACAAAUAAUGCUUCCUCUGAAUUUGUCUUAUUGUGUCCAAAUGGUGGGACAAGAGACAUUCAAGAUUACAAGAAUUGUAAUUAUGGAAGCAUUCCAGCAAACACUAUCAUGACAUCAGCAUUAAAAGACGUACAAACUAGAGCUGCUUAUAAACAGUUUCUCCUUCAAGCAUCAGAAUGGUUUGGUGUAGGAAAACCAUAUGUUAGCUUAUUCAACAUGUUUAGUUCUGAUGCCUGGCUUGGAUAUGGAGGACAAAGGAACUUACUGUUUACAGAUACGACACAGGAACUAGUAGAUGUAGGAGAUAAAGAUACUUAUUACAAAUGGGUUGAUGCCAAGUUUUACGACAAUAUUGAGAAGUUGAACCAAUGCCCAUUGAACUAUGCUAAAUGGUGUGUGAUCUCUGGAGGAGAGAAGGCUAAAUGUGAGAACAUGAUGAUGGCAUUUGGAGCUAAAGAUCUGAAGCCAAAGCUGGAUUGUGUAUUGGGUAAAAGUUCUGACCAUUGUAUGCAGCUGAUUGCAGACGGAGAUGCAGAUAUGAUGACAUUAGAUUCUGGAGAUGUUUAUUUAGCAGGAGAAAAAUAUGGUUUAAAACCAAUAGCAGCUGAGGAUUAUGGAAAUAUGGAGGCUUCCUUUUAUGUUGUGGCUGCAGCAUGGAAGAGAAAUCCUACCAUGACCUUGUUUAACCUUAAAGACAAGAGAGCGUGUAUGGCAGGAAUGGGAAGAGGUGAUGGGUGGAUUGUUCCUGUCAGUAUAUUUAUAGAAACAGAACAGUUUGUUCCACAGUACUGUAGUAUAUUUGAAAAUAUUGGUCAGCUGUUUAUCAGAACAUGUAUACCAGGAGCACUGGACUCUGAGUACAAUCCUAACCAGUAUCCUAUAAGUUUGUGUGAAGGAUGUGCUGCUGGUGGCUACAAGAAAUGUCAGAGAAAUCAGAUUGAACAAUAUUAUGGUGCCACAGGAGCUUUCCGUUGUCUAGUAGAAAAUGGAGGAGAUGUAGCGUUUGUGAGACAUUUGACAGUGAGGGACAAUACUGAUGCACGAAACCAUGCCAUCUGGGCCAGAAACAGAAGAUCUGAUGACUACGAACUCAUGUGUAAAGAUGGAACACGUAAACCUAUUGAUGAAUGGAGAACUUGUCAUCUUGGCAAACUGCCAUCUAAUGCUGUUGUUACAGGAAAACACAAGUCCGAGGAGGAUGUAAACAUCUAUUGGCAGCUGUUGAAUUAUGGACAGCAGUUUUUCUCCUCAGACACUGAGGGAGAUUUCCACAUGUUUGACUCUGGUACCUGGUACAACGAUCUGAUGUUUACAGAUGAUACAGUUCGACUUAUUAGGGUACCAGAUAGUCGUAACACUUUCUCAUCCUACCUUGGUCGUGACUUCAUUGUACAAGCAGAGAGGUUACAGAAGUUUACAUGUGUUGCAGUAGGAAGUGCACCAAAGACAAGUCUAAUUCCUGUGUAUCUGAUUACCGUGAUUAGCAUAAUAAGGAUCUUUGUAUGAUUGACAUGUCCGGUUCACUGAAAUCAACGUCAUUUGUAAAUAUUAUGAAAACAGGAUGUAUAUAUUGUAAUCUUCCACAAUCUGUUUGGGAAAUAACUAUGCAUAUUUAGAAGCUGUUUUAAAUCUUGAUUUAUAUACUAUCUCAUUUCUAUGUUUGUGCAUUGAGUAUAGAUGAAUAAGUGUUUAAUUGCAGUCAAUGCACAAUUAUUUUGUUAUUACGUUGAAUCUUUAUUUCUUGUAGUAGAUCAGAAUUGAAAAAUAUAAAACCAAUGAAUGUCUUGUAUUAUUUUGAAAAGAACAAAUUUUAAUGUCAAUCAUUUAUCAUCUAUAAGAUGCAAAAUUUUAAAAGACAUUUUGAUUGUUGGAUAUUUUUUUUUAAAGAAUCUGUUUUAAUAUUGAGCAAUUUUUAUAAAAAGAAAUGUAUAUAUGUUUUACUGUAGAAUUUGUAGAUAAUUUGUAUGCACUUGUAUAAACUAUGUGUUGUCCCCUUUAUGUAAAUGUCUGAAAAGAUUCUGUUCUCAUUUAUUCAUACUUUCAUUAUUCUUACUAAAUAUAGUAAAAGAUUGCCUAUCAGAAAACUCUGAAAUUUACAGUUAAAAGAUAAGUAUGAUAAAAUUACUAAAUUUUUUUAUAAGACUAGUUUCCUUUUUCAUGCAAUAUAUAACAUGUAAACUUAAAAACACCACAGACAUUAAUGAUACAAUAAAUCUUUUUUCAGUUUCAAUGUAUAAUGGUUAUUUGUACAAACGUUUUGAAAAUGAAAUUUAGUCAAUUACAUAAGUAAGAUUGUGGGUAAAUUAAAUAAACAAGACAGAAUCAAAGUAAGACAACUCCAAGCACACAAGGAACUAAUUUGUAAAUAAGACUGUAUAUAUAUAACUAUUAUCUUCAUCAAUACUAUAUCUAGAAGUGCCAUGUAUGUAUGGAUGUAUAUCAGAACAGUGAAUGGUUGUGAGUGAUAUGGUCACAUUUUAUUACAUUGUUAAUGUAUGGAAGUUUUAUUCUUCAUAAUGGGUUGUGUUAAACUGAUACCAUACAUGUAGCCUUUGAUUUUAGCUUACACAUUGAAGUUUUUGAUAUUUUUAUGGAGAAGAGAGAUUUGAAAAAGUACUUGCAUUGUAAAAGAAGCUAUCAUUAAUUUAUAAUGAAAUCCAGUUGAAAAUAAAACACACUUAUCUAUAAGCUGACACAUUCUCCCAUUUUUGAAUAUAUAGAUACCAGUUUCUGAUGAUGGUAAUGUAAAGUAUAUAUUAUGACCAAGUAUUUACUAACUUUUUUAAUUGGAUUCCAUCUACAAUAUUAUUAAAUUUAAAUCUUAUUUCACAUUUAAAAAAAAAAUCACAAAAUUGCCAUCACAAAAAUGAACUCAUAAAAAGGUUGUUUUCUACCUUAUAAGAGUUGAAUAAAACUUUGCGUCAUAUUUUUAAUCUUAAAAGAAUUUUUCUUUGAAUUAUAUUGCAUUUUAUUUUGUCUUGAGGAAAACUCAAAAGACCAAAAAAUAAAUUUGGAUGUAGGUAAUCAACAUUUUAUAAUGAAUCAGUAGGAAAUAUUUUUAAGCAUUUAUUUUAGCACUCAUUUUAUAUUUCUCAAAUUCCAAUAGUGAUUUUAAAUGGUUGUGUGAUUAAAACAUAUCAAGUAUACAUUCCAUUUAUAUAUUUAUAAUUGUAUGUACAUUUCUGAGCAUAUCAAAUUUACUUGGACAUAUUUUAUAUAAUAUUUUUGUAUUCAAACUUUACAAUUUUUCAUAUCAUCAUAUUGUUUUAGAAGAAAUGAUUACAUUAAUAUCAUUCCAUAAUUAAAUAAAGAAUAAACAAGA